UUGUCGCGCGGGAACAGGUCUCCAAAGGUUCCAAAGGUCCUCCCAACGAUCGCAGCAAACCCCCAUCUUGCACGUUCUGCAGGCAUACGCUCGCAGUACACAUACAGUAACACUAUCCACCCCCCAACCCCCUCCGCACUUGCGCCUCCGAUAACUCCCCACGUUCCCACACUCCCCAUCCGCCCCCGACCUUCAAGCCACGUCUCUCUCUACUCACCAGAAUGAGCGCCCCAGCUCGCAAACGAGCCCGCAUAGAAUCAGACGACGAAGGGGAGAACAGUCGGAAAGCAGACGAUUCGCUUGAUAUCUUCAAUGUCUUCGACAGCGACGAUGAUGACGGCGAUGAUGGUGGUGAUCAUGGUCGCGACGCCAGCACGUCGAAACAGGAGCAGAACGCGCGACCGCGGGGUAUAGCGGACGACGAUGAUGACGACGAGGGCUCGGGGGAGGAGCUGGAUCGCGCCGGGGAGGUGGAGGUGGAGGACGGGCGAGGGGGAGAGCGGGAGAAGGAGCCGCCGCGGAGUACGAAUGGGAGUGAGAGCGGGACGUCGUCACCACCGCAGCCACCACCACAACCAAAACCGUUCAGCGGCCGCUCGUCCAGCCCGAUACCGUUCAACCCUGGAGCGGGUGGUGUUGACACCACGAAGGUUGUGCCGUCACAAGUCAGGGAGUUCAACCCAAAGGCGUUCGACGGGUCAGGGCGGGGGGUGGUGGCGACCCACAACAACGCUGCGCCGACUUCCAGACCGGUGCAGCAGCCACAGGGACGGCCACCACAACCGCCACCAUCGGUGUUCAGACUGGAACCCUCUCUGUUCGGGAAGAGACCGGAGGACGACACGGUGUUGCAGGUGUGCGACUUCUUGUGGCGGAAUCUGAUUGCGGGAAGGCAGGAUGGGGCCAUUAUUGAGAUUGAGGGGAAACUGGGCCUGAUAAUAGAUAAAGCGACGAAUCGGAGGAUACAGCUGCCUGUACGAUCUGAGACUGUGAUCUCAAACGAAUCAGGCCAAUACGUCUUCGACUCCGACAUGACACUGUCACAACAUGGCAACUUCAACAAACUCCUCAACUUCUACGUCGAGCAGGGCCAGGGCCGUCGCGUGCAGUACGCACAUACGAAGAUCAUGGACGAGGUGUACGAGAGCCGCGGGAACAAGGUGCGGGUUUCGACUGACCAGAAAACAAAACAGAUUAUCGAAUGCGUCACCAAACGCCGCCUGGCCAACCUCGAAAUCCACCUCCCCAACUCGCACCUCGACAUCCGCAUCACCGUCUCGCUCGAGAUCCCCGCCGACCCCUCCCUGCUCCGUGACCAGAUGCGCGACCGCGACCCGCAGCUCCGCCGCGCGAAGGAUCGGUUGAGCUAUACGCAUGAGGCUAUUAGGGUCGAUUUGACGCAGGUUGUCAGGGUUGAUCCAUACGGCCGCGAAGAAUCGCGCACGCACGAAGUCGAAGUCGAGUUCCUCAACUCGGCACAUUUACUGGAAGAAAAGACGAAACGGCAUGCCGGCCAGCCGGACAAUUUCAACGCGUACGUGUCGGUGUUUAUGAAUAAUUUGAGGGGGCUUUGUCGGAAGGCUAUCUCGCAUGAGUUGCGGUGAGGAUGAUGGUCCGGUGGGUAUACAUAGAGAGAGGGACCCCCGCCGUUUCUUCGAUCAUGUGUUGAUACUCUUUCUACGUGUUGAUCGCACUGAGCUACAAGUUGCCAUCAUCGGCGAUGCCUCCGGCAGAGGUACAAUGAUGUGGAUGGCAGAUAACCACCAUGGAAAAUGGGAUGGGGUGAAAUCUAGACUACCGGUUACGGGAG